CAAAUUUCUGUUACUAAACUCGAAUAUCAUGAACAUCACAGACACACGAAAAACAUUUACACACAACAAACUAAUCACUAAAAUCAGAUAGGAAACAGAGAGAAGAGAGUGGUAUAAGAAAGAAAACACCAAGAGGAGAAAAAAUGGCACAGGCAAAACCUGUGGAGAAACCCCAAGAAUCCUCUGACAUGGAAGUGAAAGAUACAGGGAACACUACUUCCUUCAAAUUCAAUGCUCAGGCACCUGAAUUUGUUCCCAGAUCGCAUACCCAGAUGCCGAUUUCGGGUUAUUUCUAUCCCUGCUUUCACUUUCUUGGUGACACUGCUUCCCCGGAUUGGUUUUACAUUGGGGACCAAGAAUUACCUCCUUAUUUGAUCUCCAAUCCCAAUAUUCCUAUAACCAAUCGAUCCAAGAAUGUGCUACCCGAUGAGCUUCAGCAGAAAAUCAUCAAACAGGUGGAGUACCAGUUCAGUGACAUGAGUCUGUUAGCAAAUGAAUCAUUAGCAAAACACAUGAGUAAAGAUCCUGAAGGAUAUGUUCCGAUAUCUGUUGUUGCUUCUACGAAAAAGAUGAAGUCACUUAUUAGUAACAACCAUAUGCUUGCACAAGCAGUCCGGUCCUCUUCAAAGCUUGUUGUAAGUGAUGAUGGAAAGAAGGUUAAACGUAAGCACCCUUUCACUGAAAAAGACAAAGAAGAAUUGCAGUCUCGUACUGUUGUGGCAGAGAACUUGCCAGAAGAUCACUCUCAUCAAAACCUAGAGAAGAUAUUUAGUGUGGUUGGGAGUGUGAAAACUAUCCGAAUAUGCCAUCCCCACGAAUCCAAUUCUUCCCGGUCCAAAGGUGAUUUCAUUAUUAGCAACAAGCUCCAUGCGCUGGUGGAGUACGAGACAACAGACAUAGCAGAUAAAGCGGUUGAUAAGUUGAGUGAUGAGAGGAACUGGAGAAAAGGACUCCGAGUAAGGACUUUGGUCAGACGCUCGCCAAAAUCCGUUUUGAAGAACAGAAAGUCUGAAUUCGAUAUUUUAGAGGAUGAUGACACACCACACUAUGAAUCUGCAGAAGAUAGUUCUCAGCCAAGCCACAUUGAUCUGGUUAUUGAUAGUAUGAAUGCUGAAGAAAAUUCAAUGGGAUCCAAGAAAGGAUGGGCAUGGGGACGUGGGAAGGCCCGGGGGCGUAGUGCGAGCCAGAGUGGACGUGGCCUGAUUGCUCCAUCUCCGCAAUCAAGCUGCGCUAUACAGUGUGAAGCCUCUGCCAAACCAAAUACAAAGGGCCCGAGAAUGCCAGACGGGACUAGGGGUUUCACCAUGGGAAGAGGCAAGCCAUUAAAAACCACCAGUUCGCCUUAAGAGUGAUGGAUGGUGGCUCAUUCUUGUUCUGGUCUACUUAGGUACUAGUACAUGUCUGGCUCUGUCUUCCCUGCAAGUCUUGGAAAAAGGGGAAGUGGAUUAAGUGGCCAUUAAAUGUGUAAUGGAUUAUACCUGGUGUUGCUGAUUUUGUUGGUUUAUUCGGUGAUGUAUAAUAUGUGGUAAAGUGUGGGAAUAGCUCACCAUUUUUUGUUUCUCAUCUUUUAUAGAGCUACUUUGCCUUUUUCAUGGGAACUCAGUUCUUUUUGUACAAUUCUAUUUGAAUAAUAAUGGAUUUGGUGGUA